UCCCCGCGGUUGCCGCGUCCCCCACUCUCCACCCCGGGUGGCAGCGGCUUGUCUUGUCUGCCCGCGCAGGCCAGGCUUCUGUGGGUUCUGGGCCCUUCACCCCCGGGAGUCCCUGCAGUCCCCUCGGACCCCUUCCGGAGGCCAGCGAUCCCGUGCUCUCGUUCCCGACUCCUCCAGGACACUGUAGGAAGCACUCAGCAAACUUUAGGGCGCGCGUGGAACAGUGGUUUGGGGCUAGUGGAGAGGUACCUCCUGAAGGCAAAUGUUCUCGGCGCCCGUAACUCCGGGCUGCUCCAAACAAGUAGGACGCCGAGGUCGUGAAGGCAGUGGUAGGUCCUCAAGCAGCAGGAACCCGUCAAAGAAGAAAAAGCCUCUAUGUGGCCUGAGGUCUCUGCCCCAAUUUCUGGACUGAGCUGGGGGCUGGAAGAGGAAACUGACCGCGGAGCUCCUGGGAGAACUUGCUUUAUCAUUUCAGCAUUCUGCCUUUCCCUGUGAGGAGGAAGAUAACUAAGUCCCAGGAGAGUAGUUUUCCUCUUUCCUAAGGUUUGAUCUCAUUUGUCGAGGGAACUGAUACACUAUCCCUUCCUUGGGAAGGGGAAGAAGAUACACAUUGGGCCUAGCCCAAUCCAGAGCUGUGACAUGGCAGAGACUGGGGAAGAGGAGACGGUGUCAGCGGAGGCCUCAGGGUUCUCAGAUUUGAGUGACUCGGAGUUUCUGGAUCUGGAAGAUACCCAAGAGUCUAGUGCUUCAUUUAGCAAACCUGGCCCUUCUUCUGAACUCCCUGGGAAGGAUGGCAAGCUCGUAAACUUACCAAAGGGGAAAAGAGGAUUGGAUGUCCCAUCACCCAUGGAGCGAUUCCACCUUAAAUAUUUGUAUGUCACUGACCUGUCUACUCAGAACUGGUGUGAACAGCAAAUGGUAUAUGGGAAGGAGCUUCCUGGUUUCUUGACACCUGAGAAGGCAGCUGUUUUGGACACUGGUGCCAGCAUUCACCUAGCUAGAGAACUAGAAGUUCAUGACCUUGUGACUCUCUCCAUCACCAGUAAAGAAGAUGCGUGGGCAGUUAAGUUUAUGAAUAUGCUGUCAAUGAUUCCUACCCUGCAGGCAGAAGGGCGCAUCAGAGAGUUUCCAGUGUUUGCAGAAGUGGAGGGUGUGCUUCUUGUUGGAGUGAUUGAUGAGCUGCACUAUACACCCAAGGGGGAACUGGAACUGGUUGAACUCAAGACACGCAGACGCCCUAUGCUCCCUCUGGAAGCUCAGAAAAAAAAAGACUGUUUUCAAGUCAGCCUAUACAAAUAUAUCUUUGAUGCCAUGGUACAAGGGAAAGUGACCACUGCUAGCCUUAUCCACCACACAAAAUUGUGUCCGGAAAAACCACUGGGACCUUCAGUGCUAAGGCAUGCCCAGCAGGGAGGCUUCUCUGUGACAUCCUUGGGUGACCUCAUGGAGCUGGUCAUCUUGUCUCUAACACUGUCUGACCUUCCAGUCAUUGAUAUUCUGAAAAUUGAAUAUAUCCACCAACAGACUGCCACUGUGCUGGGUUCAGAGAUUGUGGCCUUUGAAGAGAAGGAGCUGAGAAGCAAAGUGCAGCACUAUAUGGCCUACUGGGUGGGCCACCGAGAGCCUCAGGGGGUUGAUGUCGAGGAAGCUUGGAAAUGCCGGACAUGCAACUAUGCAGAUAUCUGUGAAUGGAGGAAGGGUGGUGGGGUGCACAGCUCCAUGCUAGAGACCCAAGCCAAAAGGGCCAAAUGAACAGAAGGUAUGCCUUAAGGAACUUUGAUCCUUCCUGCCCCUGAUGUACUCAACAGAGUAAAAGUGGACCAAUCUGUGAGCUUGGCUUUCAUGGAGAGCAUUCGUAUUUUGGUCCUUUUCCUAUUUUCUCUGCCUCUGACCACUCAAAUCUAGGACCAAGGCUCAGGUGAGUGGGAGAGAGCUGGCUGUGCUGUACCUGGAGCUUCGCCAUAGAUUGCCAAGACAGAUGCUCAUCAUGGCUGGAGCAGUCACUGCUUUCCUAAGAAGAUUCUUCAGUUUCUGUUAAGGCUCUUCCUAUU